GGCCCCGGAGUGAUCUGGGCUGUUGCUUUUGCUGCUGCUGCUGCUGCUAUUACUACUGCUAUUGCUGCGCUACCAUGAGUAGCUCUGCUUUGCAAUAUGGCGAAUAGCACCAUUAUCCCGGCCAUGGAGCCGCCUCCUGGCCAGGUUUCCAACUUCACCGAUCCGCCCUACUGCGGCGCCAAGUUCGUUGUGGUGAAUUGUGUGUUUCUUCCCAUGGCGCUGAUAGCGCUGAUAGUGCGCACCUGGACGCGUGUGGUUGUUGUGCGCAGUGUAUCCUGGGAUGACUACUUGAUGAUCUUCGCAGCGAUCUUCUCGACGGUUAUGACCGGAGUCACUCUGAAGAUGCUCGAUUUUGGCUUGGGCAAGCAUAUGUGGGACGUGCCCUUGGAUCGCCUGACCCCUUGGUUUCUUAAGUUCAACGUCGUCGCGGCCAUCAUCUACUGCGCCGGGACAGGGUUCACCAAAGUCUCCGUCUGCGUAUUCUAUCUGCGCAUCUUCCCCAGUCAUGGCUUCCGAUUAGCCGUGUGGUCGAUCGUUUUCAUCGCGGUGGGCUACAAUGUGGCCAGUGUGCUGGCCAAUGUGUUUAGCUGUACGCCGAUCGCGGCAGCGUGGGACUUGACCUUGCCGGCGAACUGCAUGAACAGGCCGGUGUUUUAUUUUGCCAAUGCGGGACUGGGCAUUUUCACUGAUUUUGCGACGGUGUUGGUGCCGAUUCCGUGGUUGCGGCGAUUGCAGAUGCCGUCGCGACAAAAGGUCGCUGUCGGGUCUAUGCUGGCGAUGGGCUGCUCGGUCGGCAUCGUGAGUUGCAUCCGACUGGCAAGUCUAUACGUUCUAAUGAAUAGCACCGACCUAACUUGGGCCACAACCAACGCCCUCUUAUGGUGCACCAUUGAAUUAAAUUUGGGAAUCACCUUUGGCUGCAUGACAGCCAUGCGCCCGUUUGUGCGACGGUACUUCCCCAAGCUGCUGGGCCUGUCGUCCUACGCAUACGGCCAAUCAGGAUCACGCAAGUAUGGCCAUCCAUUAAAUUCAAUUCCGCGCGACCAGCCCGACUUCAAUAACAACAGUCGGCAAUACUCGACGCGAUUGCAAGGGGGCGCCGACAAUGCAAGCGAGGAGCACAUCCUGCCGGCCAAAGCGUGUGAAGGGGAAGACGGGAUCCUCCGCACAGUGGAGUUCAACGUGGUCGACACCAGACAUGCUGGAGCAUAA